AUGCCAGCUAAAGGUUGGAGAAAACACGAGGAUGGCUCUUUUGCACCUCAGGGGGAAGCGCAGAGCCAGAAAGAGGCGGAUAUGAUCUCUAUAGAGAGCCUUUUGUUCCCCAAGUCAACCGUCAACAGACUGGCCAAACAAAUCAUUGGUGUAUCUGAAGACCAGACUGAAGAGGGUAGUGCUGAGAUGGCAGGAAUGUCAUUGGCCAAGGACGGACUCACUGUCAUCCAGAGAAGCAGCGUUGUGUUCGUAUCGCAUUUGUACCACUACGCUAGACAGCACAGCAAAGAUGCCAACCGCAAGGGGGUUUCCGAAGAUGAUGUUUUGGCAGCUUUGAAGACAAUCGAGUUUGACCAGUUUUUGCCCAUUGUUCAGGAGGAGCGCGAGAACUUCAAGUCGCGGAAGCAACUCAAGAAGAAGUCAAAGCAAGACACCACUAACAACGGCACUAUUGAUGAUGCAGAAGAUGAAUCUGUCACGAUUGAUGGUGAUGACCUCGACGAGGCGACCAAUGGCUCUAAGAAACUGAAGGGUGCAAACGGUGCCCCAGUGGUGGCUGGUAUCAGCGGGGAUUCUACUGAAAACGAGAUUGAAGUGGACAAGACAGACGAUACUCUAAGUGAUAAAGAGGAGGACGAGGAAGAGGAAGAAGCUCCAGAGGAGGAGGAUGAGGAAGAAGAAGAGGAGGAGGAGGAAGAAGAAGAAGAAGACGAGCAGGUGGCUCUGAAGCCUUCGCAGCGACUGGAGCAAGAACAUCGCGAGCUCGCAGGCGAGACCGUAGAGGAUGAUGUUCAGACUGCCGAGCCUGAUGAAGAGGAGGAGGAUGAUGAUGAGGAUUAG